AUGCUCGCUUCUUCAUCUGAAGUUUCUUCAACGUCCAAAUUGAUUCAGGUUCAAAAUUAUAAAAUCCCAUAUUGGGGAGUUGGAGGCUCUUCUCAACAAGAUGUUGAUGCAACUCCUCUUCCGAGUAACAGUAGCGCCACCAGUCAUGAACCGAUCGGAUCUUCAUCGUCCUCUUCCGAUCAUCAACAAUCUCCAUCAUCCACCCAAGUUAAAUUUCCAUACUAUCUGGAAGUCAUCAAAGAAGGAGAAUUACUUGAAGAUGAGAGCAUUGAUCUUUCCAAACAGUCUUAUUAUGUGUUCGGAAGACAGCAAGAUAUGAGUGAUGUUCUUUGUGCUAAUAAUAGUAUUUCCAGACAACAUUGUUUGAUACAGCAUGCUAAGAAUGGAAGAGUUUAUUUAUACGAUCUAGGAAGUGCUAAUGGCACCUUUUGGAAUAAUAGAAAACAUCAAUGUAAGCCUCAUAGAUUUAUUCCUCUGUGGUUAGGAAAUUCAUUUACGCUUGGAAUGAGUUCUAGAAGCUAUGUAUUAAGUGUUAAGGAAGGUUAUGAAGAUGCUGUACGAAAACUUGAAGAUGAUUUACGAAAGAGAAAAACAUCUUUUGAAAUUGCAAGUGAAAAGAAAAAAAAGAAUGAAUCCAAUAAUAAUGAAAAGAAACGAAAAAAUUAUGAUAGUGAAGGUGAAGAAAUUUCAGAAGAUGAAUUACCAGAAGAUUAUGACGAGAAUGAGGAUAAUAGAAAUAAGAGAUUGAGAAUUGAAGAUCAAUUAACUAGUGAAUGGUUUGAAUUUAACGAACGAGAAUUUUAUGAUAACACAUCUAGCAAGCAAGCGAGCUCAUCAUCCACGAUGGACAAAAAUCCAUCCACUUUGGAAGGCCUCGUUGAAAAACAAGAACAAUUGAAAUUGCAUUUAGCUAAUAUGAAAAAAGAAUUAGAAACAGAAAUUCAAAUGAUCAAUGAUCAACAACAAAAACAACAGAAUUCAUCAUCAAAUGCAGAAGAGGAAGAUGAAUUUGAAAAAUACAUGAAUACAAUUAAUUCAAGUCUCAUCUCUCAGAAUACAGCAAAACAAAAACAAUUAGAAAAGGAAAUUAAAGAAAUUGAAGAAGAAUUGUCUAGAAUUCAACAAGCCAUCACAAAAGCUAAGCCUUCCACCAAAAGUGCUAAAGAAAGGAAACAAUUCGAAAAAGAUGCUGAAAUUAUGAGAGAUCGAUUGACGAGGGAUAUGUUUUUAAAACCAUUGUCAGACUCUUCUCUCGGCAAUGGUGGUACUGUCUCGAGUAAAGUGGACUAG